GACGUAGUGACGUUUGGCAUUGUGCGUUAAUCAGGAGUGAGAGAACGUCUUGUGGCUUUUCUGAAUUAAUUCUUAAAUUUUGGUUGGUAUUUUCGAUAUUAACAAACCUCUAUCUCAAGAAUUGAUUUGAAGUAAUAUGAGUAAUGCACCCAACCAAAAUGGAUCAGGUCUAGAGCAGCAGUUUGCUGGUCUGGACUUGCAGAGCUGCGGUUCAAGCGGCCGCUACGUGCCCCCUCAUUUGCGCAACAAGCAGUUGAGCAGCGGCGGAGGCGGUGGAAGCGGCAGCGGAGGCAGUGGUUCUACCGGUGGAAGCGGAGGCGGUUCCGAUUCGAGGGACAGGGAUUCCAGAAGCAGCGGCGGUAGGGGAAAUCGCAGCGGUUACGGCGGAGGCAGGGAUAGGGAUAACCGUAGCGGGGAUUUCUCCAGCUUCAAUACUAGGAACAGGAGGGACAAUUUCCAGAACGGCGAUGCUUUCGAUAGAGAGUGGAGCGGGCGCGGAGGCGGCGCCAAGGACGACAGGGGAGGCGGCAGCGGCCGCGAUCGCGACUCUGGUUCACGCGACGCCCCGCCUGCAGCGCGGAACGAUCGUUGGCAGGAAUCGGCGCCUGCGGCCCCCUCGUCGCGCGACUCGGGCGGCAAUUCCCGUUGGAGCGACGGAGGCAGCGACCGCGGCGCCAACGGAGGCGGUCGAGAUGCCGGCAGAGACGGAGGAGGUGGAAACGGCAGGUGGAACGACGGGGGCAGGAGGAGCGAGAAUGAUUGGACCGUUCCGUUGCCGAGGGACGAACGUGUGGAGCAGGAGUUGUUCGGCACUGGCAACACCGGUAUCAAUUUCAGCAAAUAUGAGGAUAUUCCCGUGGAGGCGACCGGUGAGAAAGUGCCGGAUCACAUUACAUCUUUUGAGGAAGUACAGUUGACUGAACUAAUCCGCGCGAACAUCUCCUUGGCGAGAUACGACAGUCCGACACCCGUACAAAAGUACGCGAUACCGAUCAUAAUCGGCAAACGCGACGUGAUGGCGUGCGCGCAGACCGGAAGCGGCAAGACGGCCGCCUUCCUUGUCCCCAUACUCAACCAGAUGUUCGAAGGGGGCCCGCCGAACAUCCAGCACGGCAGGAGCAGACGCAAGCAGUACCCGCUGGGAUUGGUACUCGCGCCGACGAGGGAACUGGCCACGCAGAUCUACGAUGAGAGCAAGAAGUUCGCUUAUAGGUCCAGAGUCAGGCCUUGCGUUGUUUACGGUGGCGCCCACAUCGGCGACCAGAUGCGCGACUUGGACCGCGGUUGCCACCUCCUGGUGGCCACUCCGGGCCGUCUCCUGGACAUGAUCGACCGCGGUCGCAUCGGCCUCGACUACUGUCGCUACCUGGUGCUCGACGAGGCGGACCGCAUGUUGGACAUGGGUUUCGAGGUGCAAAUUAGGCGCAUCGUCGAGAAGGAGACCAUGCCCAAGACGGGAGAUAGACAGACGCUCAUGUUCUCGGCGACGUUCCCCUCGCCCAUUCAGAUGCUGGCCAGGGAUUUCCUCGAGAAUUACAUUUUCUUGGCCGUCGGCAGAGUGGGGUCUACGUCGGAGAAUAUUACUCAAAAGGUGGUGUGGGUUGAAGAACACGACAAACGUUCCUUCCUAUUGGACUUGUUGAACGUAGCCGACCUUCAGCAACCGUCCGCUGAAAGUUUGACCUUGGUUUUCGUAGAGACGAAAAAGGGUGCGGAUUCGCUGGAAGAGUUCUUGCACAACGAAGGGUAUCCGGUCACGUCGAUCCACGGCGAUCGUACGCAGAGGGAGAGAGAGGAUGCUUUACGCCAGUUUAGAUCUGGUAACACGCCGAUCUUGGUGGCGACCGCUGUAGCGGCACGUGGUCUUGACAUACCUCACGUCAAGCACGUGAUCAACUUUGAUUUGCCCUCCGAUAUUGAAGAGUACGUACACAGAAUCGGAAGAACCGGACGUAUGGGUAACCUCGGUUUGGCCACAUCGUUCUUCAACGAUCGAAACCGCAACUUGGCCGGCGGUCUAUUGGAUCUGUUGAUCGAAGCUAAGCAAGAGUUUCCCAGCUGGCUGGAGAGCGUUGCUCAAGACGGAAGGGCGCCCAGUGGCGGCCGACGAGGAGGAAAGGGUCGAUUCGGCGGAGGCAGCAGCUUCGGCGGUCGCGAUUACCGUCAACAGCCCGGUGGCGGCGGAGGUGGUGGUGGUGGUGGUGGUGCCGGCAGAAGCCAGCGCCCCGGAGGAGGAUACAGCAACGGAGGAGGAUAUGGCAAUGGAGGCUAUGGAGGGAUGGAUAGAGGUUCGAACUACGGCGGAAACUACAGUUCGAGCAACAGUCGCGACGACUGGUGGGACAAUUAAACAUUAUAUAAUAACCCUUCAGAUUUUUCAACACGCAUACACACACGAAUCCAUACUCAUCUUCAUCUGACGCAGUAUAAAUAUAAUCCACGCAUACCUACAUAUAUAUACACACUUUUCUGGGCAUUACAUGGCCAUGAACCUAAUUAUUUUUCUCUUUUUAAUUUAUUUAAACUUCAUGUAACAAAUGAAAAAAAAAACAUCAAUGUCAUAGCACGCCCUAUGUUAGUCUGAGGCGACUAUUAGGAACGUUUACCCUCUAGUAAGGCAUAUUCAAUCGAGUGUAGAAGAAAACUAGUUAAUAUAUUUAAGGAAGUAACCAGAUGUUUCCAGUUGCUAGCUUACAUUUCUCGUAUGUUUUGAUGUUUUUAAAGCGACGCGCCGCCGAUAUAGUGAACAUUUUUCAGCGAGGAACCUUUCCGAAAGACUCGUCAGUGCGAACACGGUUCAAAUAUUGAAUGGACUCGACUUUAUAGAGUAUGGAUUGUCAUCGAAGAAACGUGAAUAAAUAAGUAAAAAAUCGUCGAGAAAAUUCACUAAGUUUAGCAAGAAAUAUUACUUGAAAAGACGAGACGAAAACAUUGGAUUCACGAGUAAAUUGUUUUUUCGCUUCGGGCAAAGAUUUUUAGUUUUUAAAGCAUUUUGAACAAAAAAAGCUCCUCGGUAACUACACUGCUCAAAAAAAUUAAGGGAGCAAUAAAAAAUCAAAUUUUUUUCGGUGAAAAAUGGUUAUAUCUAGACCUCAAAAAGGCACAUUGAAAAGAGAUUUAUUUCAGUUUUCUUAGAUGCCCUUACAUUCUGUGUGAUUACUGGUAACCGGAUCGAUGACGGAGUCAUUCAAGGUCAAAUAUCUCGGCGCCGAAUGAUCGUAUCGAGAUUUUAAAAACAGGAUAUUGAAGCUGAAUAAACGUGCUACCUGAUCCAUAUGUUAGCCUAAUAACAGAAAAAAAUCCGAAAGAUCACCGUAAAAUUUAGAUUUUUUCUUGCUCCUUUCAGUGAUCGAUGACAAAAGGAUGCUUUUCCGUUCAAAGUCAAAUAUCUCGGCGCCAAAUGAUGGUAUCGAGAUUUUAAGAACAGGAUAUUGAAGCUGAAUGCACGGACUAUCUUAUCAAUAUGUUGGCUUAACAGAAAAAAAUCCAAACCCGUGGAUUAAAAAGAAGGCAAAAAUGCUUACAUGCGCUAAAUGUUAGAAUUGCAUGCGAACCGUUGCUCCUAAAAAAUGUUUGGCUCAAAAACUGAAAACUAGAUACUUGAAGCUUUAAAAUGCUUUUUUUAAAGUCCAGAUAUGAAAAUUUUUCACCGAAAUACAGCCUGUCAAACAACACCGAAAUGUUCUCUUUUUGGAGUCAUAAACUGUUUCAACGUUGAGAAAAUUCUAAAAUGGCCAUUUUCAACAAUAGAAAACAUGGGAAAAGUUAUUAUAUUUGAAGUUACCAAGUGCUUAAAUUGAACUUUAAUCCUUUCCCUGCAAGUUCCCGAAGAUAAUUUUUUUUUAAAUAAACGAAACUCAAAAAUCUCUGGACCUUUUAUGGAAAGGUAAAACUUUAACUUAGACACUUGGCAACAACAAAAGUAACGAUUUUUAGCCGUUUUUUUUAAUGGCAAUUUAUAAUCUUUCGUAUAAUAUAUUAACAGUUCUUCAAGGAAUAUUUUAAAAAACUUAAAAUUUGAAUUUUCAAGUAGAUUGAAUUUCACAAUAAUUUUAGUUCCUGUACAGGACUUAAUUAUGUAAACCAUCGUUCUCCAUACAUUUCGGUCCGCAGUCUUUUCUCUCCAAGCAGUGACUCCUAACAUCCUUAAAUCUUCAUUACCACCAUCCAUUUCUUCCUAUGCCUUUCCCUCCUUUUUUCCUCCACAGUGCUUUUCUGACCGAUUCUAAAAAUAGAUGAAUGUCCACAUAUUUCCGCUACUUCAUCAUUUGUCCUCCAUAGAUCUCUAAUUUAAUCUCUAAGCCUUAAAAAACUUUGUCCUGCGCGAAAAAACUGUUUGUGUAUUGUUUAAAAAUACUGUUAAACAAAUUUGCACGCGGCAACCCUGUCCUCGCAAAUGCGAUGUUUUUUGCCUCGUCUAUGCAGUUACAAAAGAAAUUCUUAACAAACUUCAGUUUUUUUUCAAACAUACCCUAACCACCGGCUCCGAAAAGCAAUCCAUAUUUUGCAAAGUCGAUAGCGCCUAUCCAAACGAUGAAAAUGCAUGCAUUGUUAGAUAUGCUGACAGUAUGUUUAAGUUUGUGUUUAAAAAAAGGGAAUGCUGCUAACCGAAACGUAAGCAGUUGAGGUGCAAUCGAGUCAAAACAACUGUUUUGCUGUCCCAGUGCAAGACAGACAUGCAAUCGCAGUGCACAGUUUGCAAAAAUCGUCAAUUUUGGUUAAAAAUCGCAUUAAAAUGUGCUAAUCUCAAAAUACUCGUAUAGAGCAUGGCUUGAACCACAAUCAAGAUAUUUGACGACUUCGAAAAUUGUAUUUUUUAAUCGAGUUUUUAAGCAUUGAAUAGGGGAUUUCAGACAUUAAAUCGCUUGUAUCUCGAAAAUUAUCAACAGAAGAGAAAAUUUACUAGAGGCAUUUUUUGUUCAGAAUGAUCCAAAAGGCCAGAAAAAAUGUCAUUGUAAUUUAUUUAAACAAAAAUGCUUAAACAAAUUGGGUUACAUUAAAUGCUUAAACUGUCGGUUAAAAAGUAUAACUUUUGAGGUUGCCAAAUAUCUAAAUAAAAGUUGAAGCCUUGCCCGAAGUCGAACGUGUUUUCAGAUUAGUUUAUUUUUCAGCUUAUUUUCAAAAUCGGCAAACUUCUGAUUUUCGUAGACUAUACUAAUAUACUGAAGAAACUGAACGACUGCAACUUCAGUUUUCGUAGAACCGAAUGACUAUUAUUUUUCUAAGCGGAUUCGAUAUUUUUGGGUAGGUACUCAAGAUUUCGAAAACGCUUAGCGAUUAAAACCGCCAAACAAAUAUGGCAUCUCCGACGCAUUCGAAGCAAGGCGAAUAAUGUAAUAUUCACCCGUUGCUUCCAAAGUGCUAGGCGGUUUUUGAGACCGUGAAUACCUAUCGUGGUCGAUCUAUACCACGUUUUUCUGUUUGGCUACAAAACCGUCAAGGUCAUUUGAAGAUCAAGAGACUUUUUAAACGAAACAUCUCCUGAACUGCUAUUUGUAGACAAUUCUACGUUCAAGUAUUUCAUUACCAGCGAGUCUGACAAUAACCUUGAACGUCAUUUGAAGGUCAAUUAUGAUUCAAGGCCACUUGAAGUUCAAAUGAAUUUUUUAACGGGUUACUUUUUGCUUCCAGAACGUCCUCUAACACCGUAAAAUCUUUAAGGUCGUUCUCAUUCAAACCUUGCGGCUUUGUAUCAUUUUUCUCUAGGUAUCAUACCUUUUCAUGUCCUAAGAUGACCUUGAAAGUUUUACUCAAGGUCAUGGACAAGGAUUUACUCGAUCGUAAAAAUUCCCGCUCUUUUCAUUUCCGGUUUCAAAAAUACGGCUUUCCAUCGAAAAAAAGCUGUCCUUCAGACGACCUUGAACUAUAUAGUCAAUAUCAAAUGAUUUUUCAACGGGUCAAGUCCUGCCAAAUUCUCGAACUUCGAAAAGGUAAUUUUCAAGGUCACCAUUAGACGUUCAGAUGACCUUGAAUGUCAUAGUCAAGGUCAAAUUAUUUUUUACGGGAUACUCGUUGCUUCCAGAACAGUCCUGACAAAUCCUCCAGCGUCGUUAAAUCUUGCGAUGUCAAGGUCACCGUUAGAUGUCUGUUUUCAAACCCUACAAUUUUGUAAAAUUUUUUGUUCUCUUCAUACCUUUUGCAUGCCCAAAGUUGACCUUGAAGGUCUCAGUCAAGGUCGUGGGCAAGGAUUUCCGGUUUAAAAAAUACGGCUUUCCAUCGAAAAAACUGGAUUGACCAUCAGAUGGCCUUGAAUGUCAUAGUCAAGGUCAAAUGCAUUUUUAACGGGUCAAGUCCUGCCAAAUUCUCGAACUUCGAAAAGGUCAUUUUCAAGGUCACCAUUAGACGUUCAGAUGACCUUGAAUGUCAUAGUCAAGGUCAAAUUAUUUUUUACGGGAUACUCAUUGCUUCCAGAACAGUCCUGACAAAUCUUCCAGCGUCGUUAAAUCUUGCGAUGUCAAGGUCACCGUUAGAUGUCUGUUUUCAAACCCUACAAUUUUGUAAAAUUUUUUGUUCUCUUCAUACCUUUUGCAUGCCCAAAGAUGACCUUGAAGGUCAUGGACAAUGGUUUACUUGAACUCUUCACAUUUCCGGUUUUAAAAAUACGGCCUUAGCCUCCAGAUGACCUUGAAGGGCAAUGUCAAGGUCACCAUUAUACACAGACACUACGACGCUCACGGUUUGACUAAUUUUUGGCGCCUCUCCUGAACGUGGUAUAGGCGUGCCAUUUCGACAUUACGACGACUGCUGUGGCGCAAAAUAGUUGCAGUUACAGCUAUUUAGAGCGCUAAGAGUAUUCUGCAAAAGACGACUGUGAUAUAACCAAUCUACUUGGUACUUGAAAAAUAUACUUUAACUUUACGGUUGGCACGACGCAGUCAGUUGAGCGUGUAAACGAAGAAAUCUUAGCGUGUAAAAGGGUUAGUGUUUAAACGAAACGAAUGAUGUUUAGAGCUAAUAAUAGGAAUUUUUUACAUUGUUAGAGUGGGCACACGAUUUUUAUGAUAUAUACGUACUAGUGCCUCUUACCUAUUCGGAUCUUUCACUCGUUUUAGCUGCGAUUGAGUUUAUUGUUGCGUAUACAGUGUGGUUCAAGGCGAUAUUUUUAGGGCGGCAAGUAUAAGGAACGUCACUUGAAGGUCGUAACAGCCACGAAUCUUAAGGCAGGAGUUCGCGGUCAAAUUGAGGUUAUGAAAAAUUUGAAGUCGCUUUUGAUACUGAACAUGUUAAUUCAAUUCAGGUUUUACGAAUAAAAAGUUAUCUCCUCCAUAUGCGAGAGACUAACGAUUUCUUUAAGAAAAAUUUCUGUUUUGAAAUUCAAAUUUUUUCUAACCUGUAAUACCCUGCGAUUUUCUAUUCCAAAAAGUAUGUUUCAGGUUUUAUUUUUAUAGCAGCUUGUCCGAUGUACUUGAUGUUUUAAGAAUAUUGCAACUGCAUUUUGAAUCACGUUGUAUAAUUAUUAUUUAUUUUUAAGUUGCUUUGCAAAUGUGCGAGGUGAUGUUGAGAACUGUAGUUUACUUACUAUAUGACCAAUUUUUACAUAACGUCUUCCUAUUUCUCAUAGUUACUCAUUCUGAAUAGACUGACGACACUUAGAUACCGAAAUAGAGUUUCUUUCAGUUACGCUUUUCAUACGCGCUUUUUAGGGAAAUGAGAGGCAGUUUCAAAAGAUUUACAUCGUACAAAAAUGUAUUUUACAUUCUAAAUGAUGAGACAUUUAAUACUUAAAUGUAAGGUUAAAAAUUCAACUCAAAAAAUAGUCCAGUAACAAUUUUAUCUUUAUUUACAUAGCACUAUUUAAAAACCAUGUGCACCAUUUUACUUGCAUCAUUGGUUAUUUUGAGAUUUUGAGUGAAUUGGUUAAAUGAAUGUGGUUUGAUCAUAAAGGUAAAAUUCUCAGUAGUCUAUCUCUGUUUUUUAACCUUUAGAAUCUCUGACUUAACAGCCGUAUCGUCAGUCGUUCCUACUAGCACAUCCUUACGGCUCCUUGAUUUUCAUAGUAUUUUCUCCUUCAGAAAGGCUGGGGUAUUCCUAGAUUUCUACUGUUUCGUGCCAGUGUUCUCCUAUUAUGAGGUUAUGUUUUCUUUUUAAAUUGUAGAAAGUUCCAGACUGAUAAAAUAGACGUAUAAAUCAAAAGCAUGCACAAUUCGAUGCAAAUAGAUAUUUGUAACAUAACCUCAAAAUAGAGAGAGAGAAAAUACUAUGUGGAUCAAGGAGGCCAUAAAGGCGUCCUACAAUUGCAGGAACGACUGAAGAUACGGCCAUAACCUAAGAUCUUAGUUUGUUUGACAUUUUUUAACACAAUCACUGCAUCCUGUGAUAAGGUAAGGAAAUACGUGCCUAUUCUAACAUGAUGUGGGAGUCACAUCGUAACUUAUAAUAUGAAAUUGGGGAGCUGUGACUGCAACAAAAUAUUGAGGAAACUUUCUGAUACCAGACACGAACGUUGUUCCUUUUGAAUAUUCGGAAAUUACCGGGGAACGAUAGAUUUUAAGUUGUUAUUUAUGAAAUAUUUACUAAUUUUAGGGAUGAUAAGGUUUUUAUUGAGAAAUCUCAUCUUUAAUGUUAUAUGCAAGGUACACAUCUAAAAUCGUUCAUUAGUAUUGAAAAUUAAGUUUGGUUUGUAGUAAUAAUGCACAGCUAAAAAAUAUAUUUAGAACCAGAAGUUUUUUUCGUAAAAAUAUCUACAUAUUUAUUUUUUUCUGCGAAAGCAGACAUGCCACGUUUUGUUUGGCAAGUUUUACCUGUGCGUUAUUCAAAAUUAUCCUUAUUGAUGUAAGAUCCAUAACAGUUUACUGCAUUAUCAGACACAUUAGAGAGUUUUGGCAUAAAUAGCGUAAACGUCAACGUCAGCCUUUUUUGACAGUUUGUCACAAGUCAAUCAAAAUAACUUUGAAGUUCACCUCUACGUACGCGUUAUUUUCCAAAACUCUCGUCCAUCAUAUUUAUAGUUAAUCAUGGAGAGCACAUUUAACAUUUCAAAAGUGCUCCUUAUUAUUGGAAGAAGGUUUAGAAAUCGUAAAGUUUUGUUUGAACGUUAAAAGGGAUGGCAAAAUGCUCCACUGCUCUCUGUUACUGAAGAGGGCUUUCAUUUCUAUGCAUUUAUAAAUGUUUCAGUAGAGAUGUUGCUAUCGGCACGGAAAUAAAAGUAUACCUAACA